CAGUUCCAUUGUCCAUCUUCUAUCCUGACAAUACGCCAUUACUUGUUUAUUAAGCGUGGGUUUCAGUGAAAAAUAAAUUUACUCUCGUGUUGUAUCAUUUCACUUGUAGAUAAAUUUUAUUAUUUUUGUUAAAAUAGUGAUUGGAAAACUUAAUCUAUCCCAUCUGAGGCAAUGCCUUGAAUUAAGUAUAUAGAUUCUGCAAUAAGGCAUAUAUUAAUAGAACUUUACUAGAAUUUGUGGAAUUAUUAUAUUGAAUAAAUAUGUUUGGACAAUCUGGAAAUACAUCCUUCACUGGUUUUAAUACUGCUACACAAAGUAGUCCCUUUGGUCAAUCAGCAUUCAGUAAACCAAUUACGACAAGUAGCUUUGGAAUGGGUACAUCUCAAGUCUUUGGCAGUGGUAAUACUUCACUUUUUAGUUCAAAACCUGCUGGUUCUUCAACUAGUGGGUUAUUUGGCAAUACGACUACGCCACCAGCAUUUAGACAACAAACUAACGCUCAGCCCUCUUUUGGAGGUUUUGGUACAACCAAUACAAAUACUAAUCUGUUUGGUACACAACAAAAUGCAACCCCAAGUCUUUUUGGAGCAAGUACAGCAACGUCUGCUUUUGGUCAAGGAAAUAAAACAGGUGGAUUCAGUUUUAACAAUCCAGUUUCCAGUAAUUUAUUUGGUCAACCACAACAACCAUCUCAACAAGUUACUCCUUUUGGUCAAACUAAUGCAACUGGAAACACAAAUCUCUUUGGUACAACUGGUGGUUUUAGUAAUACACCUGCUAAUACAGCUAUGACAGGGACAGUGGUUAAAUUUACACCUGUUAUAACUACGGAUUCUAUGACAAAAAAUGGUACAGCUCAUAGUAUAUCUGGAAGACAUUGUUGCAUUGUUGCUAUGAAGGAGUAUGAGUCCAAAUCGUAUGAAGAAUUACGUUUUGAAGAUUAUUCGGUUGGUCGAAAAGGUCCACAAGGUCCACAAGGACCAAGUACUGGGCUUUUUGGAUCAACAGCACAACCAUCUCCUUUUGGAAAUACAGCAGCUGGCACUAGUACUGCAGCAACAGGUUUUAGUGGAAUGAGUGGAGGUUUUGGAAGUACCAGUCAGUCUGGAUCAAGUAGUCUUUUUGGUAAACCAAUGACAAAUUUUGGAGGGCAACCAGCAACAACAGCAAAUACAUUUGCAUUUAAUUCUACAACCAACACAAAUCUUUUUGGCAAUAAUACACAAGCUAAACCUUUUGGCACAGCUGCUCCAACAUCACUUUUUCAAACCAGCAAUGCUAAUCAAACUGCUGGCACAGGUUUUGGCAACAUUAAUACUACACCUAAUACAGGUUUUGGACCUGCAUUUGGUAAUCCUCAACCUAAUCAGACAAUUGGAUUAUUUAGUCAGAAUAAGUCAGCAUUUAAUAUACCUUCAACAUCAUCCGGAACUGGUUUUACAAAUUUUGGACAAACAUCUGUAAGUAACAGUGGGACAUCUUUGUUUAAUGCAAAACCUGCUAUGAGUGGAUUUGGAACUCCAUCGUUUGGACCGACAUCAGCACCUUUGAGCUUUGGAUCUAAUACAGGUUUCAAUACAGGCCAAAAUUCUGGGAAUUCGCUAUUUAAUUCAUCAUUUAAACCUGCAGGACAAACUCCUGGUUUUUCUUUCGGCUCAACUGGAGCACCUUCUACGGGUCUUGGCACCAACACAGGCUUAAAUUUGGGUGGUAGUUCAACCCUAUUUGGCCAACAAAAGCCAAGUGGAGUUUUUGGAAAUACAGGAAAUACUACAACAUUUAAUAAUCCUGGUUCAUUUGGAGGAUCUUUUUCCUUUGGAGCAAAUAAUAAUACAAUGUCUGGACAAGGAACUGGUUUACUCAGUGGAUUAGCACCAAACCAAGUAAAAAAUUCUGGUACUGUUCCCGUACAUCAACAAAUUUUAGCAUUGGUAUCAGCACCUUUUGGUGAUUCACCUUUAUUGAAAAACCUAUUACCAGCUUCUGGAAAAACAGAAGAGCUUUUAAAACCGACAAAUGCAGCAUCGAAGAUAUUGAGCAAUCCACAGUACAAAGUCGCGACUAACAAUAAAUCACCAAAAAUUAAAACAAAAAUUGUUAGCACUACUCAGUUAUCGAAGAAAUCAUUGUUUGAGGGACUUGAAGAAGAAGACCCAGUAUUGUCAGAGGCAUUUCAACCGCGUCCUAGUGCUAAACGAUUAGUAUUACGACCAAAACCAAUUACAAAUUCUACAACGCAGUCAUUAAAUGAAAAUUCUGAAUCUCAUACAAAAAAUGAUAGCACGGAAGAGAGAAUAGAUAAUUCCAAUGUACACAAUAGUAGUAUUGAAGCUAUUGAUAAAGAAAAUAAAAAUUUAGAAACGAAUAGACAAUUUUCAGCUGAUAGAAAAUCAUCUACAUCAUGGUUGAAGUCAUCACUUCCACGAAAAGAAAGAAUACUAUGUGAUGACGAAUUAUUCGAAGGACAACAGUCCCCAUUUUCUGAAACUAAUAAUUCACAAGAAAUAAUUAACAAUACGAUAACUGAAUUAAAUCCUCAUAAUAGUAUAAAUAAUCAAACUGAUACAGAUUUAUCUAAUUUAACAGAGACGCCUCUGAGCGCAUCAUUGGGUGAUAAAAGUUCCAUUGAUUUGAUUACACAAAAUACAGAUACCAGUCAAGAAUUAGAUGCAAAUUCAAUGUCUACAUCGCAAAAUAAUUGGUCUACUAAUUUGGCCAAAGUAACACUCCAACGAGUGGGAUAUUAUACAAUUCCUCCGCUUGAUAAAUUAGAUAAUUAUGUUUGUGGAGAAACUUGUGUAGUACCUCACUUUACUGUAGGACGUAGGGGAUAUGGCAAUGUACUUUUUCCAGAGUCGUUUGAUAUUUAUGGCUUAAAUUUAGACGAAAUAGUAUAUUUUCGGCACAAGGAAGUUAUUAUUUAUCCGGAUGAUGAAAAGAAACCACCAGUUGGUCAAGGUUUAAAUCGAAAAGCUCAAGUUACAUUGGAGAGAGUAUGGCCACAUGAUAAAACUCGGCAUGAACCAAUUACUGACCCACAUAGAAUAGAAGCCAUGAAUUAUGAGGCAAAAUUGCGUAAAGUAUCAGCAAAACACGAUACAAACUUUCUUGAAUAUCGUCCAGAAACUGGAUCAUGGGUAUUUAAGGUCGAUCAUUUUUCAAAAUAUGGUUUAAGUGAUUCGGAUGAAGAUGAUAAUAAUGUGCCACCUAAAUCAGACGUGAAAAAAUUAAAAAUUGCAAAUUUGCAACAAAAGUUACCUGAAAAAGUGGAACAACAAAAGUCUAUAAAUAAAAAUGCCACCACCACGACAGAGAAUCUAAAAGCAGGAGAGUCGCGACUUUCAAAUUUGGAAUGUGAUUUUUUGGGUACGGAUCCCGAUUCUCCAACUUAUAGACAUCAUAAUGAUGAGAAAAAAUUAUUAAUCAGUCCUACAACAGCUUAUGCACGUAUUACUGGCACAGAUUCUCAUAAAUUACAAUUAAUGAAAGCAAGUUUUUUUGAUACGGCCGAAGAAGAAAUGGAUCAAGAAUCAGUUCAUGAUAAUUUAUCAGUUUUACCAGGAAAAGAUCUAUCAAAUAAUUUUUUUAACGUGGGAUCAAAAAUCGAUCGACACAGUGUUGCGAAUAUUUAUACACCAAUAUUACGAUCAAAUUUUAUAUCUUCACAAACUUCGUUAUCAACGAAUGAAGAACAAAUGAUACAUGAAACAAAUAUUCGUUCAAAAUCAAAAUUAUCAAAUGAAAUUACUGGCGCUCAAACAUUUGUUCUUGCAAAACCUUUUCCCGAUCCUUCAAUAGCACCAAUAACCAAAGUAAUGAGAUGUCAUUCAGAAGUGAUUCCACUUUCAGAAUCUAUUUUGAAUAAAUUACACUUUCGUAGUGCCGCAGAUUUUGGUAUACAAAUGGGUAGAGUAUUCAGAUCAAGUUGGGGUAUGGGUUUGACAUUACUUUCUUUAAGUACGCAAGAACAAGCAGCUAAAAUACCAUUGCAAAAUACAUUUGAUCAGUUAGGAUCUUAUGUAUGUGGUCGUAUACCAGGUGAUACAACUUCAAUGAAUGUUGUGCAACGUUUACAAAUUUUGGGAGGUAAUGGAGCAGAAGUUGAAUAUAUUCAGAUGUUUAAGGAAAGUAUAGAAGGACAUUUAAAAAUUCAGCUUGCUAAUUGUAUUAUGGGACAGGAAGGAGAUUGUCCAACUUUUAAUGUAGCAACAGAAACAGCAAGUACUACUUUAAGUGCUCAUAGCAAAUUAGCUCAAGAACUAGCUGAUCAAUUUUCUUCAGAUAUUAUGAUGGUGUAUACUAAAACAGUCUUCAAGUUAUGUGUGGCACUUUGGGGAGAUCUCCCUGACAUAAACAUAUCCACUGGAAAUGAAAAACAUCAUACUGUAAUGGUAAGAAAGGAAGCUGUAGGGGAAUGGCUCCAAAGUGUAGUUAAAGAAACUGUAGAGCAAGAAAUUGCUGAGAUUGAUACGGAUGAUAAAAUAAUACUUUCGCUGCUUACUGCAUUGAGGUUGGAAGAAGCAUGUCAGAUUGCUAGAAAAGUGGGAGAUCACUGCUUAGCACUGUUAAUGGCACAAUUACGAAGUGGAUUACCUGUAAAAGAAAUGGUGAAACAACAACUUGCAGUAUGGCAAGAUUUGGAUGUUGAUGAAAAUCUUUCUAUCAAUCGCUUAAAGUUAUUUACUCUGAUAGCCGGCGAACCUCUUAUUUCUAGUAAACAUGGUACCAUCAAUACUUGUGAAGGACUUGAUUGGAAAAGAGCCUUAGCUGUUCACUUGUGGUAUUUGUCUUCUCCAACUGCUUCAAUAACAGAUGUUUUGGAUUUGUAUGAAUCAUCAUUCAAUGUUGAUCCAACUGAAGCAUAUUCAGUAAUACCAGAGCCUGAAUAUAGAAACAAUGAAUAUGAUCCAGAAGCAAAUAAUAAAAAAUCAGUGCAUGAUUUAUGCUUUCAUAUAUUGAAACUAUAUUGUACUGGAAAUCAUUCCUUGGAAAAACUUUUGAAUCCAUUAACAUAUACUCUAGAUCCAUUCGAUUACAGACUUAGUUGGUUAAUGCAACAGACAUUACUUAGUUUGGGUUAUUCACAUCUUUCUGAGUACGUGACAUCAUUGACACAUAUCAAUUUUGCAACUCAAUUAGAGGGAUAUGGCUUAUGGCAUUGGGCUAUUUUUGUAAUAUUACAUUUACGAGAUGCUGGACGAAGACGUACUGCAGUAUUAGAUUUAUUGGCAAGACAUGUAGAAAUAGAUGACAUUCCUGAAUAUGUUAAACAAGAAGAAUUUUUAAAAGAAGAGUUAGGCAUACCGUCAGCAUGGAUUCAUCAAGCCAAAGCCAUGAAAAGUCGUGUUAGUAAAAGAUAUGGAGAAGCUGCAUGGUAUUUUAUACAAGCUGAAGAGUGGAAUAUGGCUCAUGAAAUUAUUAUUGAACAUUUAGCAGCUGAUGCUAUAAUAAACGAAAAUUAUGAGUAUCUUCAAUCUUUGCUUAACCCAUUGGUACCUGAAGAAUGUAGCAAUAUAAUUAGCAAUUGGCCUAAUCAAGGUCAAUUACUUUGGGAUUAUAUAGAAAUAACUACUCAAAUCCAAAAUUUAUUAAAUUCUUCUGAUUCUUGUACAAUAAAUUAUAAGUUGGAAUUGCUAAAACCUAGAUUGACAUCAUUAUGUUCGAAAAUAGAUCAAUUUCCUUGUUUGAGUGCUAAGCACAGAUUGUGUCAAGCCGAAAUUGCAAAAAGGACAUUACAUGUAGCUAAAAAUUUGCUUAUACUGCAAGCAAACGAAAAUAAUUCUAUGCUAAAGGUAUUAGUUUAUCUAAUCUCACAAUUACCAUUACCAGAAGAUUAUGCCCAACAAGAGUUGCGGCCUAUUAUUAAUAUGUGUGUAAAUGAAGCAGUUUCGCAAAAAGCAUAAUUUUUUGUUACAAAGUAAUUUAAUAAUGAGCUAUAUGAACAAGUCUUUCGUACACUAUUUAGAGAUAUCAAUAGAUUUUAAUUUACAACAUAGUAUAAAUAACAUAAUGUUCAUUUGUUUAUAUUACUUAAGGAUUUUUCAAAUUGUGAAGUAACAAUUAAUUAAUAGAUUUAACUAAAAGGAUAUCCUUGAUUAAUAUCAAGUUUAUAAGAUAUUAAAAUGCACAUUUAUAAAUGGUUAAAAUAUAUUUUAAGUUUGUCCGCUUGCGAUAUUCAAAUAAUAUUAAUGUUUAGUAUUGUAAAUGUA